CCGACAUUCAAACUGUCCGCAUGUCUCGUCCCUCGCGGGAUAUCUGGAUUUCUACGAUUUGCUAUUAAGUAGUCGACUGUUUUUGAGUGUGUCCGCCUCCUCUUCUCUUGCCCUCGUGCCACUUACCAGCUGGAGCGAACGAGAUGGUCGACUGGGGCGAUCCGGAGCUCAUUGACACGAUCAUGGUGGUGUACUCCGGGAUGUGUUGCUUUCUCUUUGGGAUGUAUCUCUGGUACCUAGCUCUGUCUUUCCACAAGGUUGAGCUGGGCCUUCUCACAGGGAGAACACAGCUGCAGCUUUCCCAUGGACCCUACCUAAUUGCACGCUACUGUUGUCUCGCGACGUUAAUCAUGCUCGUCUGGAUGCCUAUCGUUGCUAAAGCGUUCCCGUCCCCGAGCUCAUCUUGUCCUGGCACUUGGUAUACGCGAUUAGUUUUGGCCAUGGGUGAGACGGCUCUCAGCGCAGCGAGCUACAACUUAUCGUUACGCGCGAUGAUCCUUUGGAAUGAACGCAAAAUUGUCUUGUGGACGCUGCGCAUUAUCUGCCUCGGCCAGCUCGUCUACUCUUUCGUCGCCGCCAUGAUUGGAACACAGCAGCAGUGGGAUCCAAACCACACGUAUUGUACCGUCGGCAUCGUGCCCAGCGCAAAAAAUGUAAUAAUGGCCCUUCUGAUAUUUACGCUGAGCUGGGAUGCAUUCAUCCUUGUUAUGACCCUGCUCGGGAUCCGUCGGAAGCAGCUCCAGGGCUCAGCGAUCUCCGUGGCGCUGCUCACGCAGGGUAUGGGCUACGUUGCGGCGCAAGUGACGGUGAUCAUCCCUGUACUGCUCGGGUUGCUCUUGCAGUUGAAUGGCGAGUGUCUUCGUUUGCAGCUUUCUUCGGCAAGUCCUAACUGA